AUGGGGACCAAGGGCUUGGAAAUGGUCAUCUGGAAUAAAUUGCAACUGCUGGAAAAAGGCCGGAUGGCUAGUGAGCUGCCAAAGGUACCAGCGUCUGGGUUUGACUACGAGAAACAAGACCUCUCUCAACCCAGACCAAAGAGGACCGGAGCGAUCCAAGGUUUGAUCAAAUGGACUCUGGUUCUGGUCCUCCUACUGGUUUGCACUGGGAAACAGGUCUGGUUCGUGAAUAGGGCGCACUUUGCGGACAAUGCAGAGGCUGGGACCAUUCAAGAGUCGUUCGAGAUAACCAUGGAAAAACUCCCGGAAACACCGCCAGUAUUCUCGCAUGACUUGUUGGAAGCGUCUUUUGGUGACUCGUGGGGCAAGCCUUAUACCACUUCCUUUGAGCCUUACCAUGAUGGCGAAUAUGAUAGCAUCAUACUAGAAUUAACGACCAAUGUGUCAGGAAGACAGUUUGACCGGUUGGUGCACAUAUUCAUUGGCGAUAUCAACGUAUGGAGGUCUUCAACUGUUGAGCCUUGGGGCAACAAGACCAUUGUGAGCCAAGCUAUCAAGGACAUUACUCCUUACAAAACCUUGUUCGGGUCUGACAAACUGAACGUUACAUUACAGCUAGACAAUCUCAUCACCAACAAGCUAACAGGGAUUUUCAAUGUCAAGCUUACUGCUCAUUAUUACAGAAACGAAAACAGGGCUACUACAGACAAUUCUUUACGGGGGAAACUUCUCGAACUUUUUACCACCCCAGCAGACGCCAUAACGCCAUUGGUGACCCGAUUCUCCAGGACACCAUUGUUUUACUACCCACUAUCGUCGAAGGAAAAUCCGCGUUGGGCACGGGGUCUCCCUGAGAUCGAACUAAAUCCUAAUAUUUCCAAAGCUGUAGUGGAGAUUUUUGCAUCUGGUAAUGCAGCAGAAGAAUUUUGGUACACUAACGUUCUCGACCGCUAUGUCAGCAGAUUUCGGAAAUCCGGGCACGAGCUACUGGGCCACGGACCAUUCCGUGCUAUUAAAGUGUAUUUAACAAACUCUGAAAAAGAAAUUCUAGUCGAUACCAUAGUUCCCACACCUGUUAUAUUCACAGGUUUUUUCCCUCCGCUCUGGAGACCAUGUGUUGGGAUGAACGCUUUUAAUAUCAAGAGCUACAAAGUUGACCUCACUCCUUUCUUGUCGCUUUUCGAGAGUGAGACCAUGGAACUUCAAAUGGAAGUUGUCAGCAGCCUAGACCCAACCUUUAAUCAGAUAGUUGGAGAAAACUGGAUCAUUUCGGGUAACUUGCUUCUUUGGAACGACAAAAAGCUUCUUACCAGCUCCAAAUUUCUCAACUCUACAGCAUUGCCAAACACCUUUGAUGUUGAGGUAGAUGAUAAACAACUAGAUCAGCUGGAACAAAGUGUUAUAGCUAAGGAAGGCGUAAAAAUUGAAAGUGUUCUUACUUUGGACGAGGUAGAAUACGAUUGUCGGGCCAUCACUGAAAGCUUUUUCAGCAGCAAUCAACUAUACUUAGAAAACGGUGACGUGGAGCAAGCUGCAGUGGACCUACUGACCAGACGCACAUUUACUGUUUCGAAGGAGGGCGUAGAUCUCUACAAGUACGUAGAUGAGACUGGGUGGAGAUUUGACUCCAGAAUGCUUACUGCUUUAGGAGGCACCUCCCCAGAGCUAACCUAUUCGGCAAGCAUUACUCGUGAGCUUGAUAGGUAUGUGGGUCUUCAGGAUAUGAUGGCCAAAGAGAAUGCAACAGAAACUUUGCUUCAGUUAAAUGGCGUACAAACAGGAAGUGCAAACUAUACACUCUCACCCGCUGGAAACUAUGGGUACGGGGACAGUAUUCAUACAGUUCAACUUCAUCACACGUGGCCGUUCAACCACAGGUCGGGCCGGACUGUGAUAGUUGAAAGAAACGAAGUCAUUCAGGAUAUCAGUGAUAAAGAUCGUUAA